AAGAAAAUUUCCCUUGUUGUUGGACCCUCUCCUUUCUCCCAGGCUUUCAGACAGCUUUGUUGGGAGAGAAAAUAAAAUGCAGGGACGAAUGAAUGAAUGGAGGAAGAUGAUGGCCUUCAACGACAACCAUUGAAAUUCUAAAAUCACAUGUUUUUUUUGGAACCUUCCAUUCCAUUCCUAAUGGUCUGAGGCUGAUCAGGAUCUGUUUUCCCUCUCCCAUUUGAGUUUCAGAGCCAUGCAUUUAGGUCAGACAGAUACUACUUCUGUGAAAUGUCUGAUCAACAGCAUUUCUCGAUUCAUUCAUCUGGUUUCUUGUCAAACAAUGAAACCUAUGCCCUUUCAGAACAUCUGUAAUAAUAUGGUUGGGGUGUUAAAGCGCUUGAAACCGGUGCUUGAUGACAUUAUGGAUUACCAAAUCCCUUCAAAUGUAAAUCUAUGUAAAGAGUGUGAGGAAUUGGAUAUGCAGGUUAAUGAAGCUAGGGAUUUCAUUGAAAAAUGGAGUCCAAAGAUGAGCAAGAUUCACAGUGUUCUACAAGGUGGUACUUUGUUGAUCAAGUUACAGAGCACCUCUCUAGAUAUCUGUCACAUGAUAGUUAAAUCCUUACAGUCACCUCCAUCUGCAUCAGUUUUGGCUAAUCUUCAGCACUAUAUCCAGGAACUUCAGUGUUUCAAGAAGGAAAUGGCUAUGGUCUUCAUAGAAGAAGCACUAAGAAACCAAAGAGAUAAUGUUGAACUUUGCACGGAGCAUCUCAAGGAAAUUAUUGAGUUACUUAAAUUGACAUCAAAUCAGGAGCUCUUAAGAGAAAGUAUUGCUGUGGAAAAGGAAAGGUUGAAUGCUGAAGUCAAUAAAAUGAAGGGGGACUUGGAAGAACUUGAUGAUAUUGUGAUUCUUGUCUGUAAUUUGCGUGAUUAUGUGAUGAAAACUGAGUGUCCUGUAGUCAAGAGUGGUCUGUUAAUCCCUCUAUACUUCCGCUGUCCUUUAUCAUUGGAACUCAUGUUGGAUCCUGUCAUUGUGGCUUCAGGUCAAACAUAUGAGAGGCAAUCCAUCCAAAAGUGGCUUGAUCAUGGGCUGACUGUUUGUCCCAAAACUCGUCAGAGACUUACUCCUACAAAUCUCAUUCCUAAUUAUACUGUCAAAGCUAUGAUAGCAACUUGGUGUGAGGAAAAUAAUGUCAAACUUUCUGGUAACUCUGAGCAAAAUAAUUCUGCCUGUAUCACAUCCCCCUCGGACCAUUUAUUGCCUCAAGAUUUAACUCAUGAUUGUUGUGUUGAGUCUUUACCUAGUAGCAAUUCCAUUUCAAGAUCAGCUCUGCAAACUGAAAAUGCAUUUGAAAAGCAAAAGGGUGAUAACUCUUUAAGAUUGUGCGAAGAAUACAAUGGAUGCCAGAGUGGAGCAAUUGAAAAGUGUGAGCAACAGUCCCCAUAUACUCACAGCAGAAGUGAAUCAUUUUCAAGUUCAAUUUCUAGUACUGAUUGUGCGCAUGCAGUUUCAAAAGAGGUGUCAGGGAUAUCCAAUAAGCUUCAAAAUGUGAAGGUACUGUCUGGAGAAAUCACAAAGGUGUGUCCUCCUUCUCCUGGUAACAAACAAUCAGGGAUCUCUCCGUGGUUAUCUGGAGCGCAAUUUCAAAGCCCUGGAUCAAAUGUGGGAGUGUUGGAGAAUGGAAAUAAUAAUAAUAGUCAUUCAAGAUUUGAUUCCCAUCCUGUUUUCAACUCCGGGUCGGAUGAAUUAACCACCUCAUCUCAUGUUAUUAGAUUGAUUGAAGACCUUCACAGCCAAUCAAUUGAAACGCAAACUGCUGCUGCAGAAGAAUUGAGGCUCCUUACAAAGCAUAACAAGGAAAACCGUAUCAUUGUUGGGCAGUAUGGGGCUGUUGCACCUUUGCUUUCACUGUUAUAUUCAGACUUGCAGGUAACACAAGAGCAUGCUGUUACAGCUCUGCUGAAUUUAUCAAUUAAUGAAGACAACAAGGCCUUGAUCAUGGAAGCAGGAGCCAUAGAACCACUUAUCCAUGUUUUAAGUACAGGAAAUGAUAGUGCCAAGGAGAAUUCUGCGGCAACUAUAUUCAGCCUCUCAAUAAUUGAGAACAAUAAAGCAAGAAUUGGCCGUUCUGGAGCAGUUAAAGCUUUGGUGGAUCUUCUUGCCUCAGGAACUCUUAGAGGAAAGAAGGAUGCUGCUACUGCUCUAUUUAACCUGUCAAUAUUUCAUGAGAAUAAAGCUCGUAUAGUUCAAGCUGGAGCGGUGAAGUUUCUGGUUUGGUUAAUGGACCAUGCUGAAGGAAUGGUUGACAAGGCUGUUGCUCUUCUGUCAAACCUGUCAACAAUUCCAGAGGGCCGAUUAGAAAUUGCAAGGGAAAGGGGCAUCCCCUUACUAGUUGAAAUUGUUGAGUAUGGUUCACAGAGGGGAAAAGAAAAUGCAGCCUCCAUUCUCUUGCAAUUAUGCCUUCAUAGUUCUAAGUUCUGUACUCUGGUUUUGCAAGAAGGAGCUGUCCCUCCCCUGGUGGCAUUAUCGAUAUCCGGUACACCAAGAGCAAAGGAAAAGGCACAACAGCUUCUCAGCCAUUUUCGUAAUCAACGGGAAGCAGCUACUACUGGGAAAGGGAAAUCAUGAAAAUAGCCAAUUUUGGUUAUUCCAUUGCCCCUUUGUCUUGCCUAAGUAACAAACAUGUGAUAGCUGCUGUCUAGUAGGCUUAUAGGACUUCCAUUGCAUUCUUUUGAUAUUUUUACUCGUAUUAUUUGCGAAGCUGUCUUGUUAUCUUUAUUUCAGUGCCUUGACAUUGCUUAUUCUCAAGUUCAAAAAUGGGAUUGGAACACCAUUUCUUCCCCUAUUGUCAGGGGUAUAGUCUUUUCCAACUUUUUGUUUUGUGUGGACUUCUAAUUUUCAUUCUUACUUUGGUGGAGAUAGGCUACUUUCUGAAGCUUUAGCUUGGCAACAUGUAAACCACAAUGUUAUUCAGCUAUGUGGUCCCAAGUCAGUGUUGUAUAUAUUUGUACAUAUACUAUAGAUUUUUGUGAUCUACUAUAAAUCAUUGUACCUUACACUGCUCUUCGAGCUUUGUGAUCUACGGUUUCAUUUUGACCUUU